CAAUACGGAAAUGCUUAGACUAACAACAGCUACGAAAAAUGAGACCGGACAUUUGCGUUUACGUUAAUACUUUCGAUUUCAUUAAAAAUGUACAUUUUACAGUGUCCCGUAUAUUGAAUUUAAUCAAAAAGAGUCAUUCUUUUUAAAUACGCGCCACACGCUUUUUGAUGUCGCCUUAUUUUGAAGGUGUAACGGAUGUUUUUCACUCAUCAUGCUCUCCAGCGUGACACUAUUGAUGGGACUCACUGUUUAGAACUAACGUACGCUGAUGCAAACCUCUUCUCUGGCUCUGAUGAUACUCGGCCUACAGCCGUUGAAACUAUACAGCCGGCAGCAUGGCGGACCGGGAGGAGCGCCGCUUCGCCGAGGUUUCCCGGGAGUCCGUCAAACUCAUGGCCGAGAGUGCGGGCGUGGAGCUGGGCGACGAUGUGGCGGCGCUGCUGGCCGAGGAUGUGUGUUACCGGCUCCGGGAGGCCGCGCAGAGCAGCUCUCAGUUCAUGAGACACGCCAAGAGGAGGAAGCUGACGGUGGAGGACUUCAACAGAGCCAUGCGCUGGAGCAAGGUGGAGGCUGUGUGCGGCUACGGGGCCCAGGAUGCUCUACCCUUCUGCCCGGCGAAAGAAGGGGAGCUUUUCUUCAUUGAGGAUCGGGACAUCAACCUGGUGGAGUUGGCUCUGGCCACCAACAUCCCCAAAGGCUGUGCUGAAACCAUGGUGCGAGUAAACGUGUCUUACCUGGAUGGGAAAGGCAACCUGGAGCCUCAGGGAGCAGUUCCCACAGCGGUGCAGUCUCUGUCGGAGGACCUGCUGAAGUACUACCAGCAGAUCACUCGGGCCAUCCUGGGAGAGGACCCCCACCUCAUGAAGGUGGCUCUGUUAGACCUCCAGUCCAACUCCAAGAUCGCUGCCCUCUUGCCGUACUUUGUUUACGUCAUUAGUGGGGUGAAGUCGGUAAGCCACGACCUGGAGCAGCUCAACCGGCUCCUGCAUAUGGUGAAGAGCCUGGUCCAGAACCCCUACCUGUACCUGGGCUCCUACGUGCGCAGCCUGGUCUCCAGUGUCAUGUACUGCAUCCUGGAGCCGCUGGCCGCCUCCAUCAACCCGCUUAAUGAUCACUGGACCCUCAGGGACUACGCGGCCCUGCUCCUCAGCCACAUCUUCUGGACUCACGGGGAUCUGGUGAGCGGGCUCUACCACCAGAUCCUGCUGUCCCUCCAAAAGGUUCUGUCCGACCCGGUGAGACCGCUCUGCUCCCACUAUGGCGCCGUGGUGGGGCUCCACGCUCUGGGCUGGAAGGCUGUAGAGAGAGUGCUGUUUCCACACCUUCCCGCCUACUGGGCUAACCUCCAGGCCGUGCUGGACGACUACUCGGUUUCCAACGCUCAGGUCAAAGCAGACGGACACAAGGUGUAUGGAGCCAUACUGGUGGCAGUAGAGCGCCUGCUGAAGAUGAAGGCUCUGUCUCUGUCUCAGCCUGCCGAGGGAGGCUCUGCCGCUCAGCCGGGCUCUGCUGUGGGUGGCAGGGUGAGCUCCCCCGGCCUCAGCCCCCCCCCGGAGCCCCUGUCAGAGGCCGCCCUGGGCAUCGCCAGCCACCUCCAGGCAGGCGGGGCCGGCUGUCCCUGGGAGGAGUGGACGCCGGUCCCUCUCCCCGCCAUGUAUUGUGAGCUCUACUCCUUCUUUGGAGACAGCCUGGCGGUCCGGUUCAGCACGGGGCCGGGGUACGGCAGGUUCCCUCCCUGUGCCCCGUCACAGCUCGCUGAUACCAGGAAGGCACCCUGUGGCCCCGCCUCCGACCCCGACACCGCCCGGAAGAUGCCUCAGCUGACGGCCAACCUCAACAUCAGCCCGAGGCAAGAUGGGAGUCCUCGCACCGACCCGCCCCCCCCCAGCUUGGCAGCUACUGGUCCAGGAAGGUCGCUGGCUCGCUCCUCCUCCUCUUCCUCCUCCUCCUCUGUGCAGCGCUCCAGAUCUUCCUCGUCGCGUCCAGGCCAGCGUUCAACCGGCCCGUCUCGCGACGUUUUCCCCAAAGCUCGCUUCACCUCCCCUCAAACGGGACUUCCUGUGUUUGCCUUCCUCAUCGGCGGGCGGCAAAUGGGUCGCCGUUGCCAGGGGCGCCGGCCCUUCCAGACCACUUUUGCCCCGACUCCACCCAUUUCUGCCGCCCCGCCCCGCGCCUACGCCCACAAGCUGCCCGUCAUUGGCAGGGUGGGAAAACCGGUGCGCCGCUGGGCGUGUUCCCAUUACUCCCUUCAUCUGCCUCUCUAGAGAUGACCUUCUCCAAAAUGAACUCCGACAAGGUUUGACUUCACACGGCCCCGCCCCCUUACCCUUCAGGGUACCCUUCAAAAUCCUAAUGACAUCAGCAACAUGGAGAUUUGGCCGCCUUUUGCAAUGGAUCUGGCCAAAUUAAUGCUAGUUUUUUUAGGAUCUAACAAUUACACUCGUUUUUACUUUUGUCAGAUCAUUCAUUUGACAUUUUGUAGUAAAUAAAGUUUAUUACAAUAUGAA